AGAUAGUGAUAGUGCAUUCAAAGACGUCCCACUAAACGAUCGUAGGGCAUUCCUAGUCCUACAGUUGCAGAUCGUUUGCGUACGCCAACAAGUGGUCUUUAGUAACUUGUCGCAGAAAAGCGGCUAGGUGCAUGACUUUCUUCCAGUGAUAUUUUUCCGGUUUCGCUCCGCUGUGAUUAGCCUCAAAAAGGUCAACAUCUUUCAUCCACAAUGAGGAACAGUGUCAUUGAUGUCCCCAAUAAUAACGACCUGGAAACAAUAAUAACGGUGAGGGGAAUGGAACUUGUCGCUCGUUCCAGUAUUCAUUCACUUAGACCGCCUUCCAUCGCUUCCGCAUCUACAUCCAACGGCAGAGACGCUUAUAUGUGGAAGCUCACCGAUUUACGAAAACGGUUUAAAAAUAAAGACUUGGAAAUACUUUACGACCGUUAUCAGCAGCGGCUUAUGCACGUGGAUUUUAAGGCUUUAUUACUCCUACAGAUUUUCCUGGGCGUUAUUUUUAUUCUUUUAUUACUUGUAUUAAACGUGGACGAUGAAUCGAAAGCCCUCCCAGAAAUUGUUGGCCAUGUGGUACUCCUGUUGACAGCCUGUCUAUUCUUCUGCGUGGCUUACAAAGAAGAGCAUUUCAAAAAAUACCGUUUUCUACACUUACUGAUGGCACUUACCCUGGCAUUUCUUCUCGUCGCGGUUGAUAUUGGCCUGUAUCUCUGGUUCGCCAAACACAAUGAAACUCAUCCAACUGAAGAAGUCGUCUUUCAUGUACCGACCGCUCUCUACACGAUCCUGGUCGUUUACAACCUGCUACCGAUCGCAUCCCUUCGUGUGGCCAUAUUGAUGGGCCUGACCGUUGGGACUGUUCAUGUGAUAGCGUCCGGUGUUGUUGUUCCAAACCAGGAUUUGGCCAACUGAUCACGGACUUAACAUUUCCAUGAUCGUAGCAGACGUUGCUUUCUAUUUGACAGCUAACAUAUUUGGCAUUUUCACCAAAUGUCUGAACGAAACUACUUUAAGACGAGCCUUUCUCGACCGACGCCGAUGUAUCGAGUCAACCAUUAAAUUGGACUACGAAAAGAGUCAAGAAGAACAGCUCAUGUUGUCCAUCUUGCCCAAGCAUAUCGCCCAUGAUGUGGGAACCGCCAUCCGAGAAGAAGUCCAACAGAUGAACAAACAAAAGUCAUCGCCUUCGUCAAAGAAGCCCUUCGACACGUUGCACGUCGAGGUACAUCCGGAAGUGAGUGUCCUUUACGCCGACAUCGUCAAUUUUACUCCACUGACAUCAACACUCUCUUCAGGCAGUCUCGUGUCUCUGCUGAAUGAACUGUUUGGCAAAUUCGACGAAGCUGCCCGGGAAAACGACUGUUUAAGGAUCAAAAUCCUCGGUGAUUGUUACUACUGCGUCUCUGGAAUCCCUGACUCGACAUCCGACCACGCCAAAAACUGCGUUGAAAUGGGUUUCAAGAUGAUUGAAAUCAUCCGCCAAAUUAGAGAGGAUCACCAAGUGGAUGUAGACAUGCGGAUCGGCGUACAUAGCGGCAGUGUUAUCAGCGGGUUAAUCGGUCUUCGUAAGUGGCAGUUUGACAUCUGGUCCCGUGACGUUACCAUCGCCAAUCACAUGGAACAAUCGGGAAUAGCAGGAGGGAUCCACAUUUCCAUGGCAACAAAGAACCUGUUGGGCGGUGCCUAUCGGUUUGAACCGGGCAAUGGGAAGAGACGUGACGCGUACCUUGCAAAACUAGGCAUUGAGACGUUUUUGGUUGUUUCAGCCGAUUCCGUUCAAUCGAAAAACGGGGGAAUGAAAAAAAUCAAAUUCAAUACUGAUCCCUUUGCCACUUUGCCUCGUAUGUACACCCCCACAUCUUCUCGACAAUCACCUCCUCUGCGGCGGAUGAACAGUGAAUCGAAGAAGACGCUCAACGACAGCGACAGUUCGUCGCUUGACAGCCUUUAUGAAAAAGUACCUCCCAGCCUUCCAGUAAUUUUAUUUCAACGAAAUCCACCUACGGCUUCGUUGCCUCACAUCUACGCGAAAGUUCGUCAGGUCUCGUUAGCGGUAGGGGACGAACAACCGGAAGAGAUUUACAGCCGACUGGUCAAGAAUCCUAGAAAAUCAAGUGCCACUAUUGGAACCGUAGGCCGCCUAAUUGCCAAGAGACGAUCGACGGCCGGUGAAAACACUACAAGACGUGGCGCCGUUUUGAUGGACAACACUUUGGUCAGUUUUCGGCGAAUGAUGGACCAAGCCGAUUCCAAGAUGGAAAAAGCUAUUGAAUCUAUGAGAUUGUCGAAAAUCAAGGGGCCCAGAAACCAAGAAGUGCACGUUAAUGUUCUCUUGCUCUUCUCCAAUCGCAAUUGGGAACUUCCUUUUUUGCGGAGGUUGGAUCCCUUAUUCAACUUGUACGUCUUGGGCGCCAUUCCAGUGCUAGUCGGAAUUAUGACUAUUCAGCUGGCACUUUACACGGGUGAUCCCCGGCAGUUUUGGCUGGUCUUCGGCGUUGCCGUGAUCGUGGUAGCAGUGGUUGCGUUAUGCUUAUGGAUGCCCCAGCUGUGGAACCAGCCUAGAAACACAAGCCUUAACGAUCUGGAUGAAAUCCUUGGAAACCUAUCUGUUUCACCUGAACCAAGCCGUUCUAGCUCGACUGUCUCGGCCGUUUUCUCUAAACUGGAUUUUCACUGUUCAUCCCUAAUGGCACGCAUCUCUAUCUUUCUCUUGGUGUCCAUCACCGUUGGCGCUUGCGGAUUGGUGGACUUGAGCAUAGUCCUCGGUUCAAAUAACUCUACGUUAGAAAUCACCGGCCAGAAUGGAACUCUGACGGGCCAAUGUGAUUUCUACGAUCCUCGCAUUUACCUUUGGUAUUUCACAUAUGUUUGCGCCUUAACAAUGGCUGUGGCCUUCGGCUUCUAUCGGAUCCAUUUCCUCUUGAAAUUAACCGUCUAUUUAGCGGCUAUGAUCACCUAUAGCGUUUUAACGCUUGACAUCUAUUCAGACAUAUGCUUGAAAUUUGACAGUCGAGAAGAAUGCCUUCUCUGCACGGCUAGUCCUUCCAUACGGCCGGAAGUCGACCACGCUUUGUACCUGUUCACUAUUCUUAUGGUUUUGCAUGUUGCUGAUCGCCAGAUUGAGUUCAUCUAUCGAUUAGAUUAUGUUUGGCAGCGCCAGCUAGUCAGUGAACAGGAAGAAGCCAACAUAACCAGAAUCGUCAACAAGAUGUUGCUCCAAAACAUCUUGCCGCUCCACGUCGCCGAAGUGUAUCUGGAUACAUCCCGCUGCAGCGAUCAACUUUAUCACGAAGAACACAGACAUGUGGCCGUCAUGUUUGCCUGCAUUCCAAAUUUCAUGGACUUUUAUACGGAAAACGAUGUGGGUGAUGGCGGUCUUCAUUGCAUAGAAGUCCUGAACUCCAUCAUCAGCGCUUUCGACGCGUUGUCCUAUGAGGAACCGUUCGCUCGCAUUGAGAAAAUCAAAAUUGUGGGAAGCACUUACAUGGCAGCAUCAGGUCUCACCUCCGUCCGUAAAGGAUCUACCGAAACGGUGACGGAGACUCAAUCGUACGUUUCCUCCCUGGUCAUCAUGGUCAAGUUCGCCUCAGCUAUGGCGACAGUUCUUGAACGAUUAAAUAGGAAGCAAUCACAUAAUUUUGGUUUGAGAACCGGAAUCGAUUAUGGACCGGUUAUUGCGGGAGUUGUUGGUGCCCAGAAGCCGCUGUACGACAUUUGGGGAGAUACGGUCAAUAUGGCUUCACGUUUGGAGUAUACUAGUCAAGUGGGGGACAUUCAAGUGACUGAAAAAACGGCAAAGUUGUUGGAAGUUGAAAAAAUAAAAUGCGAGAAGCGAGGUGAAACCUUCCUGAAGGGUAAAGGCCUUGUUAUGACUUACUGGGUACGCCCUGAUGCGAGUGACUUUACCGGUUCAACGCCAGGAUCUUCGGCGACGGUUAAAGGUUUUCUCGGUUUAAGCGACAUGCUGCUGCCGGCUUCCGUUCGUAAUUCAUUUAGCCGUCAACCAGUCCGGCAAUCGGUUCUAUUUGAAGAGGAAGAAGAGGAACAUGUGCACAGAGGAUUUCAGGUUCGAUAUUCUUUAUCUGCUGCUGGAAGUUCUACAUUUCCAUCGAACAUAGAAGAGGAAUUAUGCCAAGAUGUUGACAGUCUUAGGAUACCUAACGAAAGUGACAGCGAAGAGGAAAUAACUUCCCUUUGAAUUUUCUUGCUCCCAUCUCCAUGUGCGAUUCAAAUGCCAGUUCUCUACGAAAACACCAAGAUGUAAAUAGUACUAGGGUUCUAAAAUAAUGUUAAGAAACUUUGACCUAAAUCCUUAUCAGGAGAAUGUUUUUCCAUUGGUUGAAAGGAAAUACAGUACAGACCGUGGACAAUAAA